UCGAUCCUCUACACGCUUAUUGCCCUGCGCUCUAUCCUCAGUCAACACGCACCAAACAACCCUCAAGAUGACCGCAACAAAAGUAAUCACCAUCCUAGCCGGCGUCAUCGGCGUCCUAGCUCUCGGCGUAUACCUCUUCGGCAUCCCACCAGAGAUGAAGCGCAAGCUUGAGCGCUCGGCCCUCAAGACCAUGGGGGAGAACAAGAUGUCCUAUAUGGCCAAAGACCAACUCUCCAAGAUCCCCGCCUCAGACCAAGAGGACGUCAAGCAGUUCAAGCAGGGCCUUGGCAAUGCCGUCGGGGGAGGCUUGAAUAACCCACUGGGCGAGCAAGCCGGUGAAACCGCGGACAAUUUGACCAGUCCGUUUACCGGUCGCUAAUUGCCUUCUCCAUUGCAGGUCGCGUCGCGAGCCAAGUCUGGGAUUCGAUGCAGGACCUGUCGAGGGACGCGUACAAGCGGGUCUCUACCAUGACGCGGAAUGCGAAGGAGUCGGCGGCGCGAAAGACUAACGAGUCUACGACAACACAAACGAAGCACGAAUAAAUGGACCGGGCGUCUUAGUACCGGUUGGGUAAUGGCUUUGCGUUCCUUGGAGGGUCGGACUUGGUACAUUGAUAUUCCGGCGGCAUUGGGUAUUCGGCAGUGGAUACGCAUUUCCUAGGUAAACCACGAAACAUCAUUCUCCUUCUA